GGGAGGGACCAGUCCGCUAGGCUGAUUGGUGGCUCCAGGGCGCUGUGGGUCUGGCAGUCUGUUAGUCUGGCCGCACGCUCUGCGUCACAGCAUCAUGCUCUGAUUCCGCGUGCGCGCGUUACGAAUCGCCGCGGUCAGCGACUCGCCGCCUGCUCAGUCUCCGACCGUAUCGUCACUUAGCACCGCCGCUUCAAGGCUCUUUCGCGCGACGCAGCUGCGCACGGCAGCGCGGCGAGUUUCGUCGCGUCCAGCGGCGCCAUGAGCCCCACGACGCCACUUCAGUUCGAGCACGCCCCUUCACACGCCCUCCCCGCCCUCGCCGCAGUUCCCAGGCCUUCCCCGCUGUAGGACAGCUGCUCUGACAGCUCGCCAUUGGUUGAGAUCCGAUCUGUGGCGGCACUGUGCCUGAGGCAAGACACGGAGGUCGAGUGGACGCGGCAGUGGGGGUACGCCUCUCCCGUCACCGCCGUCCAGACUCGCACCUCCAACGCUAGUCGCUCGCACCUCCAACGCUAGUCGCUCGCACCUCCAACGCUAGUCGCUCGCACCUCCAACGCCAGUCGCUCGCACCUCCAACGCCAGUCGCUCGCACCUCCAACGCCAGUCGCUCGCUGCACGGCAAGGCGCGAGCGUCCUCGCUGCUGGGACGCCGCGAUUGAGGCGGGGAGAGCGGAAGCGGGCUGGCGAUCCACCUGCGGGCGCGCGGCGGCGACGAGUGCACGCGCGCGCUACGGCGUCAGCGCCGGGGUUGGCGGAGCACCUCUUGGCGAACGCCUCCGCCGCGGCACGCAUGCGCUCUGGGGCCAGACGGGCGGGGCUGUGCUUCUGGUAGCGCGGCGCAGCGGAAUCCAUUCCCUAACCACACGAGCGCCGUGGCGUGCCGCCCACCAGUCGCCAUGUAGACGUGUGCGCCGCAGCACCUCGCGAGCGCCAACUGCUGUAGCGCCCUUCACCUCCACCUCCUUCCUCAUACAUGCAGCAAUGGCGCGUGGGACGCCGAUGGAAGGGAUUCUGACGUCGAUGCACGCCGCACGCCUUGCAGUGCCACGGCUGGGCCAAGGUCCACGGACACUGCUGACGUGGCUGCUGCUCCUAUCCGCGUGCAUCCAGGCCCAUAGCCACAGGGAUGUGGGGCUGGACCUGCCGCACCCAUUUGACUUCAGCUACCCCGCCCACCUGUGCGGCGCGCUCAGAGAGACCUACCUGUCUCUCAACGACCGCAUCCGCCAGGCGUGCCGAGACGAGGCACAGGCCACUGCUGCAGCACAAGCCGCUGCUGCAGCUGCAGAGGCUGCUGCCAAGUCCGCUGCUGCUGCUGCUGCUGCUGCUGCAUCUAGCUCAACCCUUAUGCCUCCCUCCCCUCCUCUCCCUCCGGGUGCCUCUCCUGCCCCUCCACCGCCUCCUCCUCCCUUUCCCCCCCUGCCUUCCCCUCCGCCACCUCCUCCCCCUCCUUCACCCGCGUCUGCCUGUCGUACCAUCUCCUUUGACGGCUCGCACGAGGGCUUUGGAGACACCGUCUUCGGCCUCGCGUCUACCUUUGCCAUCGCGCUAUUGGACGAGAGGGCGCUCGUGUUACGCCAGGACUGGCUACCACUCGCCUUUGAACCCGCCUCCUUCGACUGGCGUGUCACACCCGACAUCCCUCAACAUCCCUUCAUAGUCAUCCCCACAACUAACAUAACCAGCCCCGAUUACAACCCUUUCAAUCCAGCCAGCUCAGCUCCCAACCCUAGCAAUCUACCCGGCCUAUCGGCACCUGUCAGCUCAGCACCAACGCCGCCUCAAAUCCCCGCUAUAGCGCGGGUGAGCCUGCACAACCAGUGGGUGGACCCAGAGCCCUUCUUCUCGAAGCUCUCAGGCGUGGCGCACCUGGGCCUCUCAUGGAACCGCGGCGUGCUCUUCCACCUGCUCGCCCGCUCCAACGGGUCGUGGGGCGAGCGGCUGAGAGCCGUGGGGCUCACGCCGCCCUACGCCUUCUCCUGUGUCAUGCGCCUCCUGCUCAGACCAAAGCCCGAGGCUUGGCAACUGAUGCGUGGCAUGGCGGAGCAGCUGCACUGGAGCCCGCAGCAGCAGCAGCAGCAGCAGCAGCAGCAGCACCAGCAGCGGCGCAGUGUGGCCAUAGGCAUUCACAUGCGUGUGGCCGAUGGGGAGGUGUGGGAGCACAAGAGCAAGCUGGGCACUCCAAAGAUCCUCAACAACUCACAGGUGGACCACCUGCUUCAGCAGGCCCAGCGGGUCUUCGACUGCGCCCAGGCGGUGGAGCGGUGGUGGCGGCCGGCCUCCCUGGGCGUGAGGUGGUUCUUCAUGUGCAACUCCCUGCAGCUGAAGCAGGCCGUGCAACGCAAGUUCCCAGACAAGGUCGUGGCAUCGCCCUUCAUCCCGCGCCACGUGGACCACACGCGCGACGCCAACUCCACUGCCCCCAACCACACUGGGCCGCCUGACUGGUACCAGGAAACGGUGGCCGAGUGGCUUCUCUUGUCCUCUAGCGACUAUUUUGUUGUCCCUCUGUCUGGGUUCUCCCGCUCAGCCGUGCUUUACUCCAUGCGACCGUCUGUUGUGUUUAUGCCGCACAAGUGCGCGCCCGACUCACCUGUGCCGCUCUCAGAGAUGGCAGAAACAGGUUGUGGGGUGUGACCUGGAGCUGGCUGUGACUUCCUUCCCCGGAUCUGCUGUGCUCUGCUUCAUGUGGCCCUCCGUUGUUUCUUUUCCCAUAAGUGCACGCCUAAUGCUCCUGUUCCUUUGACAGGCCAACCAGAGGCAGGGUGUGGGGUGACAUGUCACCGGCGGUGACAGGGUGGGCGUCUCCCGCUCUGCCGUCAGAUGCCGUCGGAUCGCACCAGCCAGACAAUCCGGCGGUCCUCAUGUCAUCCUGGCAGGCCCUAUGAUUGGUUUUGGGGCACGCUGAUUCAUCAUCCUAGCCACCCGGACUAGGGCUGAUUUUUCAGCCCCCCUGCUGUGCGGAAAGGCUGAUUAUGUCAAACAUAUGUGUAUAUGUUACUAUAGGCUAGAUAGGUACUUUUAAAGAGUACAAAACCUUAGGUUAUAUUCCCUUGUACCCCAUCAUUCUAGUAAAUCUUUCUACUGUGA